UGCGCCGUUCGAAUCGCAGGCGAAUCAGCACCACCCAUCGUCCAUUCAACGAGCGACCACCCACAACCCACCACCCACCGCCCACCAGCGAAGCGGGGCCGCAAGGUUGGCAAAAUACAAUUAUUCGAGCGCGAAUCCGCGGUGGCUGAUUUUUUGAAUUGAAUUAGAUUGAAUUAAAUGGCACACAAAGUUGCCAGUCGCGUGAGUCCUUCGUGUGACUAGCUAUUCGCAUAAAAAAAGGAAAGGAUAUUCAUUUGCCAUUUGCCAGUGUGUCAGUGCUUGUCGUGUCGGGUCAGUUGAGCGUUCAAGGACUCUGCUGCAGCAAACCAUACAAAAUAGCUUGAAAAACCAGUGCCCCGAAACAACAAUAUGUGUGCAAUAAAGGCGAGAAACGUGACAGCAACGUGCCAAUAAGGCGAAGGCAUUGAAAAGCUGAAAGGAAAACACAUUUCGAGAGCAUUGGCAACGGAAAGACGAGAAAAUAUUGCAGUUACCCCAACUUACUCUAUAACGUGGGCACAAUGCAUUUCUGGAUUGACAAGCGAUCGCAACAGUGCGGAUUUGGACGCUCCCGCGUGGCGGCCUCCUUGUCGCAUGCUGGCAGUGGCCUCAGCUACGGCCAUCCGCCACGAAGGACCAAGUCGAGCAGCUGCAGCAGCAACAAUGCCGGCGGCAGUGGCCAGUCGAUGCCCCCGGUGCACCGAUCCCUGCCCCAGACGCCCUACGAUCUCCACCAGCCGGGCACAAGUCGUCAGUUGCAGUCGCAGUCGUCCUAUGGCAACAACAACUCCCAGCAGCAGCAUCACAUGUUGCAGCAACAUUCCAGCGGUGGCAGCAGCAACAACAACAACCUGGCUGCCACCGGCACAACAACAACUGCCAGCAACAACAACAAUGCCAGCGGAAUAGCCUCCUCGGCAGCUGUCCUCACCGGAAGUGGCACCAUCGUUCCCCUGGUGGCACGUGGCUCCCACUACAGCCACCACGGCAGCACGCGCUAUCAGCCAAGGUCGCAGCAGCAGCAACUGUUGCACCAGCAGCAGCAGCAACAGCAACAUCAGCAGCAGCAACAUCAGCAGCAGCAGCACUACAGCUAUCACCAUCCACAAUUCGGCAACAUGGCCGUGCCCAUGAGACAUUACGAUGCACAUCAGCAGCAGCAAUAUUCGGGCAAUGUCUAUGCCGAUGAUGCAUACAGCGCCUAUCACCACACCGCCCAUCACCAGCACAGCAGCAAUCACUCGACCAGCGGCAGCAACAACCAGCGACAAUCCAACGCCUACGCCACGCCCCGUCGCCACAACUCCAGCAGCAACAUGCGACACUCGGCAGCAACAACAGCAACAUCAGCAGCAGCGGCAACAUCCACGGCAGAGGCAGCAACCAUGGCCAGUCCAGCGGCAACAGUUGCUGCCGUACCUGCUGCAACAACGCACCACAGCAACCAGUUGCAGCAGCAACAUCAUGCAUUGCUGCAGCACGCGGACUCGCAAUUGCUUCCGGGUCAUUUGAAGUGCGGCAUGUGUGCCUCCCUGGUGCUGGCCUCCGUUUUUGUGGCCGGAACGAAGUUCUACUUCGACCACCAGGGCACCGGACUGGAGGUGCUGAUCUUCUGCGCCUUCUCGGCCACCUUCUUCCUGGCCGCCUGCCUGGUCAGUCUGUGCCGCAUUCCCAAGGGCCUGCUCUCGAGUUCCAGUCGAUCGGAUGGCCGGGCAGCCGUGAGCCACAGUCGUGGUGUGAACUCCUCCGUGACGGGAUCAGGAUCGGGAGCGGCCCAGUCCGCCGGCUGCCUGCUGGAGAUGACCGAGGCUCGAUACCUGGAGGAGCUUCAGAUGUCCCCAGUGGGCGGGACGACCUCUACGGCUGGUCCGCCGCCCUACCAUAUAGCCAUUUUGCUGCCGGAACAGACGCCGGCGACAAUGGGCAAACAACUUCCGCUGGAUGAAUCACCGCCGCCAUCGUAUGACAAGAUUCUCGUAUAGGCUGUCGGGGAAUUGAGCCUCUCUUAGAGUUCGCUAGCCCUCAACCUCGACCUUCCCCCUCCCCAAUGCACAAUGCCAAGUACUUUUGCUCAGUAUUUUUCUAAACAAACGAUAUCACAGUUUAUAUGAACAUUUACACGGCAUAGAUUUACAGACAUAAUUAUAUAUAUAUAUAUAUAUAUCAGAUAAACAUUUACGAAUACAUGGAUAUUUACUCUUAAGCUCCGAAUAAUAUUUUUACACUUUCUAUGCCCCUAACUAGAAACCAAAUUCUUCCACACUCGACCCUCGAACAUGUCAUAUUCUACUGUCAUUUUUGUUCUGUGAUAUGCUCAAGAGAUCAAGAAAUCAUAUGCUAUAGUGUUAUGUUAAACCACUAGCUACCAAAAACCACGACAAACCAAUGCAACGAGAAAAGAUGUAGAAAUAGCCGAAACAGAAAAUAAAUAAUUCAAUCAGUAUUAGUAGGCAGUUAAGUAAUAAAUUAACCAAUCAAAUGCCCAGUUCUCUUAAAAAAUACUACAACAAGAGUGCAAUAUAUUAAGUAAAUACGACAUAUAUUAAAUA